AUGUCUAGGCCACUUUUUCUUCGCAUUGUUGAGGCAUUAGGCCAAUGGUCUGAGUAUUUUAUUGAAAGGGUGGAUGCCGCUAAUCGACAAGGGCUCAGUCCACUGCAAAAGUGUACUGCUGCUAUUCGACAAUUGGCUACUGGUAGUGGUGCAGAUGAACUAGAUGAGUAUCUAAAGAUAGGGGAGACUACUGCAAUGGAAGCAAUGAAGAAAUUUGUCAUAGGUGUUCAAGAGGUGUUUGCUGAGAGAUAUCUGAGGCGCCCCACUACAGAAGAUAUUGAACGUCUACUCCAACUUGGUGAGAGACGAGGUUUUCCUGGUAUGUUUGGCAGCAUUGACUGCAUGCACUGGCAAUGGGAAAGAUGCCCCGUUGCAUGGAAGGGACAGUUCACUCGUGGUGAUCAGAAAGUGCCAACACUGAUUCUUGAGGCUGUUGCAUCACAUGAUCUGUGGAUUUGGCAUGCGUUCUUCGGAGCAGCGGGUUCCAACAAUGAUAUCAAUGUACUGAACCAAUCAACUGUAUUUCUCAAUGAGCUUAAAGGACAAGCUCCUAGAGUACAGUACAUGGUAAAUGGGAAUGUACACAACACUGGAUAUUUUCUUGCUGAUGGAAUAUACCUUGAAUGGGCAGUUUUUGUUAAGUCAAUACGACUACCUAUCACUGAGAAGGAGAAGUUGUAUGCAGACGAACAAGAAGGGGCAAGAAAGGAUAUCGAGAGAGCCUUUGGUGUAUUGGAGCGUCGAUUUUGUAUCUUAAAACGACCAGCUCGUCUAUAUGACCGAAAUGUACUCCGUGAUGUUGUGCUAGCUUGCAUCAUACUUCACAAUAUGAUAGUGGAAGAUGAGAAGGAAUCCAGCAUUAUUCAAGAAGAUCUGGAGCUAAAUGUGCCUCCUAGUUCAUCAACCGUUCAAGAUUCGGAGUUCUCUCGUGAUCAAAACGUCCCACUAGAGAGAGUUUUAGAAAAAUAUGUUUCUAUUCGAGAUCGAUCGGCCCAUCGUCGACUUAAAAAAGAUUUGGUGGAACACAUUUGGAAUAAAUUUGGUCCCACACAAAAUAAUUCUGGAGUUUGA